UGGAUGAUGGCUGCAUCGAAGCCCGUAGAGCCUCAGUCCGGGAGUGGGCUUCCCCGCUGGCAGCUGGCACUCCUGGUGGGGACUCCGAUCGUCCUGGGUGUCGGAGCUGUCUACCUGUGGAAUCGAAGUCGCGCCAAGGAAAAGCAGGGGAAAAGGAACGGAGAGAGGAAAACCCCAGAAGGAAGCGCUAGUCCUGUCCAGGGCCAGCACGGUGCGACAAAUCCAGAGCUCGAGAACCUGAGUCCCCUCGACCGAGCACAGUCUGCCAAGAAUAAAGGCAACAAAUACUUCAAGGCUGGCAAAUAUGAUCAUGCGAUCAAGUGCUAUACAGAAGCCAUCGGCCUAUGUCCCAAAGAAAAAAAAGGAGAUCUGUCCACCUUCUACCAGAAUAGAGCUGCAGCUUAUGAGCAACAGAUGAAAUGGACCGAAGUGAUACAGGAUUGCUCUCAGGCAGUUGAGCUGAAUCCUCGCUAUGUAAAAGCACUUUUCAGGCGUGCCAAGGCACUGGAAAAACUGGAUAACAAAAAGGAGUGCUUAGAAGAUGUGACGGCUGUAUGUAUUUUGGAGGUUUUCCAGAACCAGCAAAGUAUGCUACUGGCAGACAAGGUGUUGAAACAGCUGGGAAAAGAAAAGGCCAAAGAAAAAUACAAGAACCGAGAGCCCCUUAUGCCAUCUCCUCAGUUCAUCAAAUCCUACUUUAGCUCCUUUACUGAUGACAUCAUUUCACAACCCCUACAGAAGGGGGAAAAGAAGGACGAAGAUAAAGACAAAGAGGGUGAGGCAUCAGAGGUCAAAGGAAGCUCAGGCUACCUAAAGGCAAAGCAGUAUAUGGAGGAGGAGAACUAUGAUAAGAUCAUCAGUGAGUGCACAAAGGAGAUUGAGUCUGGAGGCAGAUACUCUGCUGAAGCUCUUCUGCUGAGAGCCACAUUCUACCUGCUGAUUGGCAACGCUACAGCUGCACAGCCUGAUCUUGACCGUGUCAUCAACAUGAAUGAUGCCAGCGUCAAGUUGCGUGCUAAUGCCCUCAUUAAACGUGGAAGUAUGUACAUGCAGCAGCAGCAGCCCCAGCUCUCCACGCAGGACUUCAACAUGGCUGCAGAGAUCGAUCACCGUAAUGCAGAUGUCUAUCACCACAGAGGACAGUUGAAGAUUCUGCUGGAUCAGGUAGAGGAGGCUGUGGGAGAUUUUGACGAGUGUAUAAAACUUCGACCAGACUCUGCACUUGCCCAGGCACAGAAGUGCUUUGCACUUUACCGACAGGCCUACACUGGAAACAACCCAUCUCAGGUUCAGAAAGCCAUGGAUGGUUUUGAGGAUGUCAUUAGGAGGUUUCCAAAGUGUGCUGAGGGUUAUGCUCUGUAUGCACAGGCAUUAACUGACCAGCAACAGUUUGGUAAGGCAGAUGAAAUGUAUGAUAAAUGUAUUGAGCUAGAGCCUGACAACGCCACAACAUAUGUUCAUAAAGGUCUGUUGCAGCUUCAGUGGAAACAGGAUCUGGAAAUGGGUCUUGAACUCAUUAGCAAAGCCAUUGAAAUUGACAAUAAAUGUGACUUUGCAUAUGAAACAAUGGGAACCAUUGAAGUCCAAAGAGGCAACCUGGACAAGGCUAUAGACAUGUUCAACAAGGCCAUUAACUUGGCCAAAUCAGAGAUGGAGAUGGCCCAUCUGUAUUCCCUCUGUGAUGCUGCUUAUGCCCAGACAGAGGUGGCCAAGAAGUAUGGGCUCAAACCUCCCACGCUAUAACUCUUGCUUCCUUUUUCCACUCUCAACUGCCGGGUCAGAAUACAAAUACCAUUAUCCCACGUUUUCUUUUGCUUCAUUAUAAAGAUCUUCAUUACCAAUUAAAAGGAAGUCGGGACAGGUUCUGCUACCACACACUUACCAGUUUUUGAGGACUGGAAGAAAAUGAUGGGGGAGCAGAAAAAGGAGAUGAGAAAAAA